CAGCAGAGCUAUCAGUCAAAAGAUUUCAGUUCUUCGAUUACAAUCAAACGAGAUGCAGUUUGCCAUUAGCUUUGCCUUACUUUGCUGCGCAAUCGCCGCUACUUUGGCAUAUCCGAUGCCCGACGACAUGACCAUGAACCCCACUCCACCACCUAAGUACCCACUCAAUCUCGAGGGAGGAGGCGGUGGCCAAAGGGGCGAUGGAUUUGGCUUUGCGGUCCAGGGACACGAGAAGGUGUGGACCAGCGACAACGGACGCCACGAGAUUGGUCUAAAUGGAGGAUAUGCCCAGCGCUUGGGAGGACCAUAUGGCAACUCAGAACCCAACUGGAAAGUGGGCACCACCUACACCUACAGAUUCCCGAAUUUCUAAGCUCCAUAACCAUGUUUUGUAAAAAACCACAAAAUUGUAUUUUACUUAUGUCAGUUAUCAUUCGAAUCCAGCUUUUGAAAACCGUAUACACUUUUUAUGUCCAGAUUAUAGCGAAAUAUAUUAGCGAA